AUGGAACAAAACACACCUCGAUACACACGCCAAACUUUGGCCAGCCAAUCCAAAAGUCAGGCUCGGUCAAAUGUGACUCCAAAAAGCACCCUCCCUACAUCUGUCUCCACAACCAGUGCUCCUAGAACGGAGGUCCCCAAAACUGCCACGGUCCGCGACGCUGACUUCAAAUACACUCAGCUCAUUCCACGGGGGGUUGAAAUAUGCGAAUAUGAGAAUCCAAAUCUAGAUGGGGCUUAUGGCCAUUUCGGCUCUAAGAGACCUUCAAACCCAGCCGAAUCACGCGAAUUUUACCGAUCAGUCGUUCAAAAAGCCCUUGCAGGAAGAGCUGACCGGGACAUAGAUGAUUCGAUAUUCCUGCCCAUGGACACUAAUUUUGUUAAGUCCGUGCUUACGGCCUAUGGCAGAAUGGGAAAAGCUGGCGUUUCGGAAGCCUGGUUCAAGGGAUAUGCUUGUCAGAAACUGUUCGUCGGUCCGUACGCCGUCUUAGAAGAUGAUACUGAAAGACAGCUUUGUGCUGUACUGUGUCCGGAGGUGUCGCUCAAGCCCAGCUCAAGCACGAGUCGAUGUAUAUGGCAUGCACCUCCAAUAAUCUCGAACCAGCCUCCUUCCAAACCCUUUAGCUUCGAUACUCGCGCCGACUGUCAAUUUUGGCUUAGCGACAAGAUCAUAAAUCCCGAAUACCGAACACAUGCUAAACACUUCGUACAUUUGAAGGACUUGGGUACAUUUUGUCCCUAUUUCUCGAUUGAGUUUAAAGCCACAACUGGCGACAGACAGGUUGCGGAUAAUCAGAUCGCUGUCGAUGGCCUAGUUUCCUUGUUUAAUCGAUAUCGAUUGAAGGUCCUCGCCUUUCCUCAUUCUACUCAGAAGCAAUUCAAAUUAGUUCGUCAUUAUGGAUUGACAAUGGAGAAAGACCAUUGGACAGUAUGGCUCUUUCAACCCAAAACAGCUAAGAAGGCGACUUGGGCCGGCUGCACAGUACGAAUUCUUCAUACUGGGAGUUGUGAGACAGAAGAAGAAGUUGUCACAUUGCUUGAAUGGAUCAACGAAAUUCAUCGGUGGGGCCUCUGCGAGUACGCUCUCGGAUGUGAGGAGGAUGUUAAAGAGAUUCUGAGCAAAAAUUCCGGUAAUCUCAGAAUUUCCGCGAUGGGGGUCUCAAAGGAAACCGAAACCGUGAAGGAAACCGGAACGGUGGAGGAAGUCUAA